CUUAGUUCAGUGUUGUGGCUGUGAGCAGUGAGAGGGGACCGCUACUCGCGCGCGUGGGGGAGUGAACAAGGACCUUUAAACCUUACCAAAGUGUUUACAUUUUUGCAACGGGUCACUAAACGACGACAAGACAGAGGAGCAGCACAUUAGCAACACACUCCCUCUCUGUGACUGCUCGGCGUGGCGUGUGACGUGUUUGUGACGGAAAUACCUAAAUUCACACCCCUUAUUCUGUGUUGGCCUGACCUACAUGUGUUAAAGCUUAUUUUUACAAGAGAAUAAACAAAAAUGAAUCGUGAAGCGCAAUCAUCGCUCAGCAGAUGAAAUUCUGCUAAUUUAGUGCAGCGCCUAGCAACCAACCCCCACCCUCAACACAACCAAAAUUUAGCUUGCGUGUAGGCCAUGAUGGAUCAGUACCGAGGGUCGCGCCUUCUUCCAGGUCGAGAAGUCCUGGCAGCGGGGUGCAUGGACAAGCCCCCUGGUGUUGUUGGGGCUGAUCGCCAGUUCCCAGUCCCCCAGACAGUCCCCGCCGCUAUGCUGGCCUCCAACAAGCGGCCCCGGCUGGACAACAUCCGGCCGCCCAUCCCCAAUGGCCCCGGGAUGCACGCGCGGCCCCUGGUGGCCCUGCUGGACGGCCGUGACUGUGCCAUAGAGAUGCCUAUCCUCAAGGACGUGGCCACCGUGGCCUUCUGUGAUGCCCAGUCCACCUCAGAGAUACAUGAAAAGGUGUUGAAUGAGGCAGUGGGGGCGUUGAUGUGGCACACAAUAACUCUGACAAAAGAGGACCUGGAGAAAUUCAAGGCUCUCAAGGUCAUCGUUCGCAUUGGUAGUGGCAUAGAUAAUGUGGAUGUCAAGGCGGCGGGUGAGCUGGGCAUAGCGGUGUGUAACGUGCCUGGGUAUGGCGUGGAGGAGGUGGCGGACACCACAAUGUGCUUAAUUUUGAACCUUUACCGCCGUACCUACUGGCUGGCUAACAUGGUGCGGGAAGGCAAGAAGUUUACCGGUCCCGAGCAGGUGUGGGAGGUGCGAGAGGCGGCCCAGGGCUGUGCACGGAUACGAGACGACACUCUGGGCAUUGUGGGUCUGGGUCGCAUUGGGUCAGCAGUGGCAUUGAGAGCCAAGGCGUUUGGGUUCAAUGUGACCUUCUACGACCCAUAUCUGUCAGAUGGCAUCGAAAAGAGCCUGGGCAUCACCAGAGUGUACACUCUGCAGGACCUGCUGUACAGAAGUGACUGUGUCUCCUUACAUUGUUCCCUCAACGAGCACAACAACCACCUCAUUAAUGACUUUACUAUCAAACAGAUGCGUCCCGGAGCCUUCCUAGUGAACACAGCGCGAGGGGCCCUGGUGGACGAGAACGCCUUGGCCUCAGCUCUGAAGGAAGGCAGGAUCAGGGCUGCAGCGCUCGAUGUGCAUGAGAAUGAGCCGUACAAUCCUUUCCAGGCAGGGCCACUGAAGGAGGCCCCCAACCUAAUCUGCACGCCACAUGCCGCUUACUACUCCGAUGCCUCCAGCAACGAGCUGCGGGAAAUGGCGGCGAGCGAGAUCCGGCGCGCCAUCAUAGGCCGCAUCCCGGAUGCGCUGCGGAACUGUGUCAACAAGGAAUAUUUCAUGGGUAACUACGAGAGUGGCGUCAAUGGCACCGCCCCUUACUACGUCCCUGUCCACUCCACCACCCAUGACUCCAUGCCUUCCGGGCCCCCACCUACCAGCCAUGUGGGCCCCGGCAUCCCCCCACCUCCUCAUAUGCCCCCCAGCGUGCCCGUCAGCGGGGGCCGUGCGUCGCCGCCCACUGGUCCCCCCGGCCCACCAGGCUCGCGGGAGUCCACGUCGCCAUCACACUGAAUAGCCCGGCCAUCGCAGCACUGACUGUGACUGCUCGGCAUUCAUUCCAUCAAGAGCUGAAUAGACAGACCGCUGCUGCUGCCGCCGCCACCACCCUUCCCUGUCCCCCAUCCCUUGGCCCUAUACACAGUGCAAGCAAUGUACAAAUAUACCCCAGAUGCCCCCCUCCCUCCCCUGCCCUCACCUCCCCUCACACCUCCUGGGGAAGAAGACUCAAUGGCUUAAUUAUAAUUUGCAAGUUUGAUUAUUAUUAUUAUUAUUGUUGUUUUUCAUUUGUUUUUGAGUGAUUGUGAGUGUAAAAUGGUGAGUGAAAGAGAGAGUGCAAGCUUAAACUUUUUUUUAUUGAGUGCGAGUGUUAACUUUAUUUUAUCAUGUCAGUUUUUUUAUUUAUUUAAUUUUUCUUAUGGUUAAUUUUUACCUAUAAUGUUGUUGGUGUAUUCUCAGCCAGCCACUAGUGAAGGGAGCAGGGCAGAUGUGUCACUUGUAAUUGUUCUUGUUUGUUUACCACCGUGACUCUUGUUCCCAGUGUCAAUGUUUUGUUUGUUCCUCGCGGCCGUCGCAGUCCUGGCCUGGCUGCUCCAUUUGUUGUGUAAUAUUGUUUAUAGGACUUAAGAUUAAUACCACUCUUUUUUUCAUUAAUUAAUAUCAUCUUUUGUAGUGAAAUUUUUUGCAUUCAUUUCUUAUUUUAUUAUUAUUUUUUUUUAUUUAUUUGCUUGUUUUUCUUUCUGGGUGUUUCAAUUCAAAUUUGUUUAAGAUUGUGAUUUUUAUUUAUUUGUUUCUUUUAUUUUUUUUAUUAUUAUUUUUACUACUACUGCUAUUAUUAUCUUCUUUAAUUGUUUUUUUGUAAAGUUCCACCUGUUACGUUUUGCUGCCGCUGCCGCUGCAAGUGUUUAUACAUCUGUAUGAACAAGUGAAGCUCAAACGGUGUGGUGUCGCCAGAGUGUUUGGCAGAAAGUGACAACACUGGCGAGUAUUGAGCGCCGCGCACCCAUCGCUCCAUCAUGCAACAUUGGCUUGGAAAAUCUUGAAUUGUGUCUUCAGUUUGUAGAGAUUUACAAAUUCAUCAGUUUAUGAAAAAAAAAAAAAAUUCUUAUUUGUGUUUGCCUUCAUGUUCAUGAAUUUCAUUGAUACAUUAACAAAACUCUCUAACUUGUGUUUGUUUUUUCAAAUUUAUAGAAGAAGAAAUCUUAGAAGUUGUGUUGCAUUCAUGUUUAUGAAAUUCAUCAGUCUGGCAACAUUGGCUUGAAAAAUUUCCAUUGUAUAGAUUACUUCUCUUGAAAUUCAUCAGUUUACUGAAAAACAAUGUUAUAAUUUGUGUUGCUUUCAAGUUUGUGGAAUUAUAAACAAUACUUACAAAUUUACAAGAUAGAAAUGCUACAAUUUAUGUUAACUUCAUGUUUAUGAAAAUCAGCGAUGAAUUUCUGAAAACAUGCAAGCAUUGGAAUUUGUGUUGUUUUCAUAUUAAAGAAAUCAAAUCGUGUACAAAUUUCUAAAAAGGACACAAUUUUAUUUUCUUGUUAACAAAAAUUAUGAGACUUCAUGUUUCUGGCAAGCAAAAGGCAAAUAUGUUUAUGAUUAUUUUUAGUGAAUAAAUGUGGAGAGAAAAACACAACUUUAAUGAGAACUGUUGUGUGUGACUCAGGGCGGUGGCCAUGUGCACACUCACACACACACACACAUGACUAUGUGUGUGUAUGUGUGUGUGCAUGUGUGCAAAUAUAGAAAGCGCUGCUGCCUGGCCUGUGAUGGAGAAUAAAUGCCAGAUAGUGAGAAAGAGAGAGAGAAAGACAGAGAGAAAGUAAGAGAGAAUAUCAGAGAAUUCAUCUUUACUUUGUGCCGAAAGAAAUGUGUUAAUUUUUUUUGUUUGUUCGUUCACCAGCGAUGGAAAAUAUUUUAGUUUGUGUUCGUUUUGGUUCUGGAUGGGUUGCUGUGAGUCUUUCCAGGAGAAGCUGUGUGGCUGAAAGAGUGUCCAGGAGAAGUAAGGAAAGCAAAGUGAAGGAAGGAAAGAAGAAAGUAAGAAAGGAUGGACAGGACAAGACAAAGUAACAUUAAAAAGACAUUUGUAACAUUGUAAAAAGUGCUGAAAAGUCCCUUCUUCGUAAGCCAUUCUUUUUUUACAUUAUCUUCAGUUGCUGUGAGAAAAGUGUUGUGUUUUAAAAGUAGUAAAAUAAAAAAAGAUUAAUUGCGUCUACAAAAAGAAUGAGAAAUAAGUAUGUGUGUUUGUAAAUUCGUUUUAAGUGUGAACGAAAGAUGAGAGUGAAAGCGAAUGAGGUAAAUUUGAUGUUUUGAGGGAUUUUGCAGAAUGUAAGGAAAUUAUCUAUAUUUUGUGGGGAAAAACUUAAACAUGUUUGGGUGGUGUAACAAAACCAGGACACUAAAGAAGCAAGAAUAAUGAAAAUAAUACCAUUCGUCUUGGUAAAAGAGAGGGAGAGACAGAAAUAGAAAAUUCAAGCCUUAGAUAAUCAAAUAGUGUACAGAACAUAACAAAAUCAACGCAAAAAGUGACACUAAUGCAAGAAAGAAGACUUGGAAUGGAAACGUUCAGAGUGACAAGAUGAUAAAGGGAGAGAGAAUAAAGUAUUUCUCCGAGUUGCGUCCUUCCACAGCGUUCAAGAAAUAAAUGAAGAGAAGCAGGUUAAGCAAGUUAAGCAAGCAAGCAAGAAGCCAAGACGGACAGACAGACAGACAGACAGACAAACGGAUGCGCCUAAAAAAAUGUAAAAAAAAAAAAAAAAAGCCAAAAAAAUUAUCGAUUCACAUGUAUAAAUGAAGUAAAUACAGUAAUAAGUGCGUUACAACAAUGCAGGAAGGAAAUAAAUAAAAAAAUUUAGUUGACUCCAUCUUAGUUUAAUAAAAGACAGUUCUGGUU